CACAGAGAAGAAGAAUAGAGAUAAUAUCCAGCUGCGUACGCAGAGUGGAAAAGAAAUAUAUACGUACAAAACAAGUCAAAGAGUGAGAGGCAGCCAUGUAUGUAUAGAUUUGAGUUUUUCGAAACCCCAAUUAACGAAGAAAGAAGAACUUUUUUUCGUGAUUGUGCAUUCAUUACCACUAACAAUCGAUUUCAUUCAACCACCGUUUGAAGGUGUUUGGAAUUUUGGUUGUUCAGUCAGUAAUCUGAAAUGAGUAAUUUGGAAUUACUAAUUUCCCAAAAUUCAACUGUUUAAAGCUGUUUGGGGAACUAACUAGGGUUCAUGAGCGAGCAAUUUUGAGCAAUGAUUGAGAUUGGGGAAGCUUCUGAAUCUGGUUCUAGAACACCAUCAUCAACAUGCAGAUUGGUAAGAAGCAGUUCGUUCUCCGAGGAGGAAUCUUUUCACCGCCAGGCGAGUUUCGGCGGCAGUGGAAGUAGAAACACGAGCCCUCUUAGUCGAAUGGGAUCACGAAACACAAGCCCUUCAAGAAUCAAGACAAAACCGCGUGGGCUAGACGAAGAAACCCUAGCCACUUUCUGCAAGUCCGUUCACCCCGAAAUUCAAAUGGAGGAUAACAUAUGGGCCAAUCUUCCAGAAGAUUUAUUAACCGAAAUCCUAGCUAGAAUUCCUCCAUUCACCAUAUUUAAGCUCCGCUCCAUUUGCAAAAGAUGGAACUCAAUUUUACAGGAUAACAGCUUCUUGAAAUUCCACUCACAGGCCCGAUCGCAUGGCCCUUGUCUACUAACCUACUGGAAAAAUUCGCAAACACCACAAUGCUCCGUUUUCAGCUUGCCAUUAAAACAGUGGUUUCGGAUCCCAUUUACGUUUCUACCCCCGUGGGCUUUCUGGUUGGUCGGUUCUUCAGGUGGGCUCGUCUGUUUUUCAGGGCUGGACGGAUUAACAUUCAAGACAUUAGUUUGCAACCCAUUAUUACAAACAUGGAGGACUCUACCGAGCUUGCACUACAAUCAGCAGAGGCAGCUGAUUAUGGUGGCAGAUCGAAAAGAGAAAUCUUUCAAAGUUAUAGCCACUUCCGACAUUUACGGCGACAGAUCAUUGCCCACGGAAGUGUACGAAUCGAAAACAGACAAAUGGUCGCUCCACCAAACCAUGCCAGCUGUCAACCUCUGCUCGUCGAAGAUGGCGUUUUGCGACUCGAGGCUGUACAUGGAGACACUUUCACCGCUCGGUUUGAUGAUGUAUAGACUAGAUACAGGGCAGUGGGAGCACAUACCCGCGAAAUUCCCUCGAUCUUUAUUGGACGGGUAUUUAGUGGCCGGAACUCAAAAACGGCUAUUUUUAGUUGGGAGAAUUGGGCUUUAUAGUACUCUGCAGAGCAUGAGGAUUUGGGAGCUCGAUCAGACGAAAUUUGUUUGGUCCGAGGUUAGUAGAAUGCCACCUAGGUAUUUCCGAGCUCUUUUGAGGCUGUCUGCUGAGAGAUUCGAGUGCUUUGCGCAGGAUAAUUUGAUAUGUUUCACGUCUUGGAACCAAGGGAAAGGUCUUCUAUACGACGUGGAUAAGAAGGUGUGGUCUUGGAUCGCGGGGUGUGCGCUUCAAUCGUAUAACAGUCAAGUCUGCUUCUACGAGCCAAGAUUUGAUUCUGUGAUUUAUUGAUGUGAACUAGGGCUUGAUUCUUAUAUAUAUUUUCAUACUACAAGCAGAGUCUUGUUAUUGUUGAUUAUAUGACGUUUAUCUGCAUAAUCCAUGGUUGAAAGUGAUUAUGGGAUUUUAGUGUUAACUUGUUCUGCUUUUGGAUCAUUUAAUAUAUGAAGCUAAAGUUUGUACAAACUUUUC